CUCUAUAUAGGGCGCGCGCUCGCAGGCCGCCGAGUUCCAGCAGUCCGCGAGCUGCCGUCGGCUCCGCGCGGGGGGGGGCGGGCCGGGCACCCCGGGGGCGCGGAGGAGCGCUCUUUGCUUCUCUCAACUUUCCCCCCACUCCUCACUCCAGGGCACUCAAACCAGUCCACGCUGCUUCCCUCUCCCUCUUUUCUAGCCCCCCAGCAAACUUUCGGUCCCACCUUCGCCCCUCGCCCGUUAUUCGUCGUGGCUCAAGCCCGGCCGCGCCGCCCCGAGGGCUUCUCCGGACUUCUCCGCCUGCAGCUCCGACCAUUACAAGACCCAGAAACAUGUCGACCACACUUCUGUCCGCGUUCUACGACAUCGACUUCUUGUGCAAGACGGAGAAAUCUCUGGCCAACCUCAAUCUGAACAGCAUGCUGGACAAGAAGGCGGUGGGGACUCCCGUGGCCGCCGCCCCAAGCUCGAGCUUCACACCGGGCUUCCUCCGACGGCACUCGGCCAGCAACCUGCACGCUCUCGCCCACCCCGCACCCAGCCCCAGCAGCUGCUCGCCCAAGUUCCAGGGCGCCACUAAUGGUGGCAGCUGUGGCGGCGGCGCUGUGGCCAGCGGCCCGGCCUCCUACGGCACCCUCAAAGAGCCGUCGGGGGGCGGUGGCACGGCCCUGCUCAACAAGGAGAACAAAUUCCGGGAUCGCUCGUUCAGCGAGAAUGGAGAGCGCAGCCAGCAUCUCCUGCACCUGCAGCAGCAGCAGCAGCAGAAGGGCAGCGGCGGCGGCUCCCAGAUCAACUCCACGCGCUACAAGACCGAGCUGUGCCGGCCCUUCGAGGAGAGUGGCACGUGCAAGUACGGCGAGAAGUGCCAGUUCGCACACGGCUUCCACGAGCUGCGCAGCCUGACGCGGCACCCGAAGUAUAAGACGGAGCUGUGCCGCACCUUCCACACCAUCGGCUUCUGCCCUUACGGGCCGCGCUGCCACUUCAUCCACAACGCGGAUGAGCGGCGGCCUGCGCCAUCGGGGGGCGCCUCCGGGGACCUGCGCAACUUCAGCCCGCGCGAUGCGCUGCACCUGGGCUUCGCGCCGCCCCCGCGGGAGCCGCGGCCCAAGCUACACCACAGCCUCAGCUUCUCCGGCUUCCCGUCAGGCCACCACCAGCCCCCGGGGGGCCUCGAGUCGCCGCUGCUGCUCGACAGCCCCACAUCGCGCACGCCACCGCCGCCCUCCUGCUCCUCGGCCUCGUCCUGCUCCUCGUCGGCCUCGUCCUGCUCUUCGGCCUCGGCGGCUUCCACGCCCUCCGGCGCCCCGGCAUGCUGUGCCUCGGCCGCGGCGGCGGCAGCCGCCGCGCUGCUGUAUGGUGCCGGGGGCGCCGAGGACCUGCUCGCGCCGGGCUCCCAGUGCGCCGCCUGCUUGGCGGCCUCGUGUGCCAACAACGCCUUCGCCUUCGGCCCAGAGUUGAGCAGCCUCAUCACGCCGCUCGCCAUUCAGACCCACAGCUUCGCCGCGGUGGCCGCCGCCUACUAUCGCAGCCAGCAGCAACAGCAAGGCCUGGCGACCCCCUCGCAGCCCCCGGCGCCGCCUAGCGCACCCCUCCCUGCCAGCGCCACCGCGCCGCCCUCGCCUCCUUUCAGCUUUCAACUGCCGCGCCGCCUGUCGGAGUCCCCGGUGUUCGACGCGCCCCCUAGCCCCCCGGACUCGCUGUCGGACCGCGACAGCUACCUGAGCGGCUCCCUGAGCUCGGGCAGCCUCAGCGGCUCCGAGUCCCCCAGCCUCGACCCUGGCCGGCGCCUGCCCAUCUUCAGCCGCCUCUCCAUCUCUGACGACUGAGGAAAGAGGGCGCCAGUGAGGAGGAGGAGGAAGAAGGGCAAGGUGUCUCUGGGGGUGUUGGAGGACGUCCCUGGCCACCUCGUCCCUGCUGGGGAACAGGGGGCAGGACACAGGCCACUGGCAGACUGCAGGCCGGGCCGAGCACUUGGGACUCGAACUCUGCUGGGAGUGGGCCCCCACCCCUCCCCGUUCGGUUUCCUCUCAUUUUUAUUAUUUUUAUUAUUAUUAUUCAGAAGUUUCAUUGUUGUUGAGCAAAGAAAGCCAACGAACAUUUUGUGUUGGUGAACACAAUAUUCACAACAGGGCAGUUGUGAUGCGAAUAGAACAAAAAAGAAAAAACAAACACCUAUUUUAGGUCUCUGAUACGUUUGGGACUUUAGGAAAAAGUCAGCCCAGCACCAGCAGCUACCAACCACCAUUCCAUCUCUUAACUUGAAAAGCAUUAGUCACAGUCCAGAUGUGGGAACUCUAUCCUGAGAGAAGUUCCCAAUUGUCAUUUGUCUCAGACCAGUGUAAACAAACCAGCCAGCCACCACCUUAACUAAAUCUAUAUAAGCUUUUAGAAUCCAAUAUUCUGCCAAGAAUAUGCCUUGAUAGUAGCCCUUGGCCUUAGGUUAUUAUUACUUUUUUCUUUUUACAAAGUUCAUAUCUUUUAAAAAAAAAAAAAAAAACAUUGCAUUCCAAAGUUUCAUACUGGUUUCAUUGCCCCCACUUAGUGGAUGUUUAGUAUAGAACCAUUUUGUCUGCUCCCUGGAAGCCUUGGGCAGAGCUUAGUUUGUAAUUGUUGGGGAAUAACUGCUGAAUUUUUAGCUGUCUUGAGUUGAUUCGCACCACUGCACCACAACUCAAUAUGAAAAACUAUUUAACUUAUUUAUUAUCUUGUGAAAGGUAUACAUUGAAAAUUUGUUCAUACUGUAUUUAUCAAGUAUGAUGAGAAGCAAUAGAUAUAUAUUCUUUUAUUAUGUUAAAUUAUGAUUGCCAUUAUUAAUCGGCAAAAUGUGGAGUUGUAUGUUCUUUUCACAGUAAUAUAUGCCUUUUGUAACUUCACUUGGUUAUUUUAUUGUAAAUGAGUAAAAAAAAUCUUAAUUUAAGAGAUUGUAUGUAAUAUUUAUUUCAUUAAUUUCUUUCCUUGUUUACGUAAAUUUUGCAAGAUUGCCUGAUUUCUUCACAGAAAUCUAUCUUGAUGCUAUGGAAGUAGUUUGAGGAAUAUCUUAUGAGUUUUCUUAGAAUGUAUAAUGGUUGCAGCCCAUCCAAUUUUAAAGAAAAAAAAAUGACCACAUACUUUGUGAUCAGACUUAAAAGUGGCCUACUUUUCUAUUUCCAACUUGAUAAAUUAACAAGAGGUGUUUUUUGUUUGCUUAAUUCCACCAGUUCUACUGUGACAUACUGAGUAUAAAGACAUGUAGCAAUAAUGGGGUGGGGGGUUAGUCUCACAGUGCCUUUGGAAGGGCCAGAACUUGCCUUAAAUCUUCCUCAACCAAAUAAGUAUUUUGUUUCUUCUAGUGCUUGAGAGAAUUUGAAUGUAGGAUGGGUUCAGCUGCACAAAAGGAAAAGAUUUUACCACUUUUUAAAAAAA